AUGGCAGCAACCAAAGUCAGCGACCCAGUUCCUCUGGUGGGAGCGCUCGACGACAUCUACUCGCCCGCUGGCGUGCUCAAAAACGGUCAACGAUGGUCCGACCUCGCCGAGAAAUUCGCUCAAGCCUUCUCUGGCCAGAAACCCGACUUCAUUGCCCGUGCUCCUGGCCGAGUCAACCUCAUUGGCGAACAUAUUGACUAUGUUGGGUUCAGCGUCUUUCCAGCCGCCAUCGAAAAGGACAUUCUCAUGGCGACCAAGGUGACCUAUUCCUCGAGCGGUGCUGCGUCGAAGCAGGUGGAAGUGGUGCUCAAGAACACGACGACGAGGUUUGCAGCCAAUACGUUCACAUCGGACUACCACUCGACGGACAGCGUCCAGCUGCUCAACGAGGGCGAGGAGCGAUGGGCCAACUACUUUAAGGUGGCGUUCAAAGGGUUACAUUCGCACCUUCCCGCCGAGGUGCUGGAUGAGAAAAAUGUUCAGCGUCCCGUCAAGAUCGAGGUGCUUGUGGAUGGAACCAUUCCUCCUGAGAGCAGUCUCAGCUCCAGCGCUGCAAUGACGACAUGUAGCAGCAUCGUGGUGCUCGAAGCCUUCAACGCGCGCCAGCUGAUCGAUCGCAAGGAAAUGGCAGAGGUCGCCAUCGAGUCCGAACGUCUCGUCGGUGUCAACUCGGGUGGAAUGGACCAGUCUGCUUCCAUCUUCAGCAUCCCCAACCACGCCCUUUUCAUCUCGUUCUACCCUUCGCUGGCGGUUCAGCCGACACGUUUGCCGCCCAGCACACCCACGCACACAUUUGUCAUUGUCAACACUCUCGUCGUCUCGGAUAAGAAGGUCACGGGUCCCAUCAACUAUAACCUACGCGUCGUAGAGACUCGGAUGGCAGCUAGAGCGCUGGCAAAGUCGCUCGAUCUCAAGGCAGCCAAGUCGGGAUCUUGCAAGGACCUGCGCGGCGUGCUCGAGACGUACUUCGAAGAGAACGGCGGUGCUGGGCGGCUUCAGAUCGAGAUGGAGACGAGCGCGGCGGUGAGGGCGAUUCUCGAGAAGUCCGGCGAGGAAGCGGCACGCAUCAAGGUGUUGGAAGAAAAGGUGGAAGCACUGUACUCCAGCCCCGAUCUCAAAGCCGGUCUGGCACGCCAACGGGUGGAAGAGCUCACGGGCUAUGCUGGUGACGAGUUUGACAAGGAGUUCCUCAGCUCGUUCCCCAUCCGUGCCGACGCGUUCGAGCUGUACAAGCGCUCCAAGCACGUCUUCACCGAAGCGCUGCGAGUGCUCGAAUUCCAGGCGCUGUGCAAGCAGCACCAGUCUCCCUCCUCGGACAACGACGACGGCAAACAGGUCUACCAGCAGCUGGGCGCGCUCAUGGACGGAUCGCAGGCGUCGCUGCGCGACCUGUACAACUGCAGCUGCGCCGAGCUCAACCAGGUGAUCGACAUUGCAAAGCGCAACGGAAGCUUGGGAAGCCGUCUCACGGGGGCUGGAUGGGGCGGAUGCACGGUUCACCUCGUUCCCAAACCCAAGGUGGAGGUCUUUAUCUCAGCUAUGAGGACGCAGUACUACGCCAAGAAGUUCCCCGAGCUGUCGAAUGCCCAGCUGGAGGAUGCGUGCUUCGAUACGCAGCCAGCAGGGGGCGCGUGUGUGUACAAGGUGUAG